UGUUCCGCUCCGCCACCAACACUCAUUAACAGUCCAGACCAGCCUUCGUAUCCAUUUCUUUGACGCACUUUUCCUCCACAGACUCCUUUGACGCAGUCUGACUCCGACGCCAGCUCUUUGACUCAUUUUAGCCCCAAUAAGCCGAUCGCGAUGACUCAACCCAACCCCUACAUUCUCGCUGCGGACAACCCUUCUGCCGUUCUGGACCUUCUCAAGUCGGACCCUUCUAUCGCAUCUAAUCAGGACGAACACGGGUACUCUCUGCUCCAUGCUGCGGCUUCUUACGGGCACAUCGACCUCCUGCGUGCUCUUGUACGAGAUUUUAAUGUGGAUGUGAACCUGCUGGAUGAAGACAGUGAAACAUGUCUAUUUGUAACGGAGAGAGUCGACAUCGCGAAAUGUCUUAUUGAGGAGCUAGGAAUUGACCACAAUCGGACGAACGAUGACGGUCUGACGGCCAGAGAAACUAUCGAGGGCGACGGCUCUUUUCCGGAGGUCGCUACCUACCUGCGACAGGUAGCCGGCAUACCUGGUGAAGUGUCCAGCAGUUUAUCGGCCGGCGAUGCGCUGAACCCGGCUCCACCAUUGCCACCGAACCUUCAAGUGAACCUGGGGACAAUGUCUGAACAGGAAGCUAGCGCGGGGACCAGCGAGGUGGAUCCGGAGUUUAAGAGAAGAAUUGACGAGCUUGCUGCUCGGGAGGAUUUCCAGAGCGAGGCAAGUCAAAAUGAGCUUCGGCAGCUUGUCAUGGAUGCAAUCCAAGGGUCAGAUAUCAAUACGCAAGACAAGGAUGUGCGGAGAAGGAUGGAGUGAGUGUUGCUAUAGUUAGGCAAACGUGCAUGAGAGACGAAUCCAAACGUAUAUACAAUUUAAUGUCUUGACCUGCACCAACAUCCAGGUACCGCUUACAGUUGGUUUAAAUUUCAAACAUAGUCUCAAUACCGGUCAACGGAAUGUCUAUAUUUUCUGUUGAUUUUAAAUUUAGGUCGUACACAAUUUGUUGUUAUGGCUACAUAAGUUUUCAUCCUCACGAUAUAUAUCUUGAC